AUGUUAACUUAUCCAUUUGAUUUUCAUUAUACAUCAGCUAUUGUUUGUCGAGUUGCAGCGAGUUUAUCAGAUGCGGCUAUAUCUCAACGAGACAUAAGAGAAGUUAUUAACGUCGAAAAAGCCAGAAGACAACAUCAAGAAUACAUCGUCACUCUAAGAAAACUUGGUUUAGAUGUUAUUGAAUUACAAGCCGAUGAAUCAUUACCUGAAGGAGUAUUUGUUGAAGAUACAGCAGUAAUAUGUAAUGGAAUCGCACUGAUAUGUCGACCCGCAGUGUCUGGGCGACUGAAAGAAGUUGGUAUUAUUCGGACAAUACUUAGACGAGAAGGUCUUAGUACAAUUGAUAUAAACGAUCCAUUAGCGACUAUUGAUGGAGGAGAUGUACUUUUUACGGGCCGUGAAUUUUUUGUUGGUUUAACAAAAGCUACAAACAUGGCCGGCGCUAAAGCAGUAGCAUCUGCAUUUCCUGAGUAUCCCGUAACUUUACUUAGAAUAAAGAAAGGUGCCCAUUUAAAAAAUUAUGUUUCAAUGGUUGCUAUGGAUACCAUGGCAAUUGGUAAAUCUGAUAUUGCGAAAGAUCUUCUACGUCAAAUGGAAGAAAAUAGCGAAUAUAAAUCCUAUAAAAUUAUAACACUCCGUGAUGAUCCAGCAGCGAAUUGUUUAUGGAUUAAUGGAACUGUUUUGCAUUUACCAAUGGAUCAUCGAUACGGUGAAAGUAUUCGAAUUUUAACUAGUCGACUUGGUUCAACCAUAUCUCAUGGUGAACUAACGAAUAGUGAAUUUGCCAAAGUUGAUUGUGUUCUGUCGAGUCGAUGUAUUCUAUUUAAUCGACCAAAAGAAAUUAACAAUGUCGAUCGAUAA